CUGUUUCUACACCAUGGACAGGCGAAAGAAGGUGGUGCGCGAGUUGAAGGGGUUACCCAAAUGCGACCUGACAGGUUUCCCUCAACAUCUGGGCGAGGACCGUUGGUGGAACCAAGUGGUGGUGCGGUUGCAUGCGCCCCGGAAAAAUGGCUGUCACCACUGCCACCGCCUCAUGGAUCACCGGUUAUCGGUAAGGGGAAAAGUGUUUUGUUGUGGUGAUGGGUUUAAAAAAUGACUGAGAGACUUUGUUUAUGGGUUUCAGAUUGGCAUGAUGGUGGAAAUGGCGCGUCAACCCCCCAAUCUCGACCACCUGAUGAACGAGGGCAUUGCGUUUGUCAUUGACACGUUCAAGUAUCGGAUCCCUCAGUGUCCCCUUGGAAAACGCCCCGUCAUGAUUGGCAGGAGGAAGGCCUCGUACGAUACUGUGGACAAAGUCAUGAAACGCUUGGACUUGAUCAUGAAU